AAACCUUAAGCUCCCUUAAGCUUGGCUCAAACUCGCGAGAGAGGGAUGGCUGCAGUCACCGUCCCUAUGCCAGCAGCAAACUCCGAAGCUUCUCCAACGCCGGCGAGCGGCGACCUUCCAUGGACGGCAGCAGAGAAACGGCUCAACAGCUUCGUCCGCGCCGUUGCACUCGUGGAGAGGAUGGGCAAUGGCCUCGGCACGCUGGCGUUCACAUGGGCCACCGUCGUCGUGCUCGGUGGGUUCUCCACUGAUCUGCGCCAGGAUUUUUGGUAUGCGACGGCGAUUGUCUUCCUGGAGGCUUUCAGGGUGUUUAGCCGCGAAAGCAGAUCGGAUGACCAAUUGCUAUUCAAGACAACAGGUGGUGUCAGACUGAAAAGAGUGGUAUUAGGUAGUGGGGUACUGUACUAUCUGAAUGCAGUGAUUGUGGUGGUAUGCUUCUCCAAUGCCCUAGUAAUUAUCACCAAUCACUACUUUCCACUGGGACCAAACAAAACUCUGGCACUAGCAGCAUUACUGGCGCUGGUGAGCAAGUUGGAGUUUUCCACAUACAUCGAAGGCCUGAGCUCCUCAGGGCGCAAUAUAUUUGCUACUGUUUUCUUUCGCUGUAUUCCCAUAGUUGCACUCGUUCUCCUAGCUGUUGGUAUAGUAUAUUUGGGAGACCUCAAGCCAGCAAACGCUCUGUUGCCUCUGAUGCCACUUUUUGCUUCUUGGAUAGUUUACAACCUACUAGUGCUUAGCCUCCAGAACCAUGAACAAAAGUUUGUUCUGGUGACGAAGAUGUUGUGCACUGUAAUUUUCCCGCUCUGGGUGGCUAUAUCUCUUGUUGUAGCAUUCAAAACUUUAGGUCUCUUGAUACUAUUAUCCACAGCACUCCUUGGAAACAUCCAGAUUCCAGUGGCUAUAGCACGUAUUGUGCUAUCAUCGAUGCGCCUUUUCAAGGUUAACGGCCAUCACAAAGCAAGCAGUAACGAACACCUUAUCCCAGCACUAAAGAUAUUUUACAUCAUGGUGUUCCUUCAAGGUAUAUCAUACAUUAUGGCAUGCAUGUUGGAGACAGCAUUUUCUUUCUGGUUUAGAAGAUUGCUGGCCAAAGGAUGUGGACUUGGCGGAGAGCCAGAAAUGAAGUCUAUCAACCUCUACUAUGAGCAUGCUUAUGACAAGUGCAUGCAAGAUGGCAUCCUCUCUCAGGAGGAUCUGAAGCUUGUCAGGUUUGCGGUUGAUUCCCUGAGCUCCAACUCCCGCGCCCAGAACCUCGCUGCUGUCCGAAUUCUGUACUCUCUUCUGAAGAAAACAGAAAUUACCAGAAACAGCACUGGAUUACUUGUCUCAGAAGUCACAACAAGCAAGAACUCGGUUGGCACCUUGAUCAGCAUGCUGGGUUGGACAGAGCCAGAAGAUGAAGGUAUAAGGCUGUUUGCUGCUGAGGUCAUCGCCAAGAUGGCUGGCAAUCUCAGGAUUGUGGGCAUCCCUGGAACAGUGCAAAUGGUGUCUUCUCUCCUUGAUAAUGAUGCUCGAGCUUCAGAAGUGUGCAUUAACAUGGAGGUACCUGGUUAUCUGUCACCUUCAAGAAUACAGGCUCUCCCAGUACAAGUAACAGGAAACAAUGUCCUGAGCACCCCAAAAAAAUUCUUGCAGUGCAUGAAGAAUCUGAUUUCAAUCCCAAAAGAAGAUGAGGAAUUUUGGAUGGCCAAGGAUUCGUUCCCUUCUCAGGCACUGGAAAUUCUUGAAAAGCUGGCUCAUGAUCUUGACAAUUGUGCCGAAAUCAGCAGGGCAACAGGACUCUUUGCAAAGAUCAUAGGGUUCAUGAGCUACACCAUAGACACUACAAACAUCCCUGGAACACAGAAACAGUUAUGGACUACUUCAUCUUUGAAAUUGAUCAUCAAGCUUGCAAGCACCAAUGGGGAAAUUGGUAUGGUACUCCGGCAGAAAAUCUCGGAGCAGCCCUUCCUGCUAAGUAACCUCGCUGAGAUCUUGGAGGACAGCUGCAGUAACCAGUACCAAUUGGAGCUAGUGAUGGGUAUCCUUGCCAAACUUGCAGUCGACAUGGAAGCAAGACGGGAGAUUGGCUCAUUCCAAGUGUUCGUCACUAUGUUGGUGAAUGCUUUUGUUGGUCGAGAUCAACCACCAUCAACGCGAAAAGUGGCAGGGGAAGCAUUGUCAAUGCUGUCAAUGGGGAAUGCUAGAAAUUUCUCUGCUAUCUUGGAGGCAAUAGGGCCCAACUUUAUUGAUCUGAAAGAUAUGCUCAUGUAUGAAGAGUACAUAUAUGUUACAGCAAGUUUGCUGCAAAAUGUGUGUGCUCUCUCUCAAGAGAAGCUAAGCCAAUUAGGAUCCAGCAAGCACCUGUCAUCUUUCUUGCCAGUGGUUUUCACAAAAAUGAUGAAUCGCGAGCUCAAGGGCAAGAAACUGGAGGCUCUGAUCAGCUUGGCUUCACAGAUCUGUAAGGUCUUCCCUCAAUGCUUUGCACAAGAGCUGGAGUCGUCACAAUACAAUGGAUUAGCUGACAUUAUCCAAAACCUGGUGGCUACACUCAACUCCAGUAAGAAACCGAGUCUUGAAUACCCAAGGAUGAGAAGGGUCAUUGUUGAGAUGACAAUAUGCAUAUUGGAAUCAUGUCCUCGCUAUGCAACCAUUUUCAGAGAAAAAGGUAUGAUGGAGGCACUGUCCAUGGUGGAGAGGACCCCAUCUAAAGUGGAGAAGUAUAGGGUCUUCUCUGGUCAUGUAGGGGUGGUUACAGAGGGCGGCUUACCUCUCCUUACCCUAGUGGCUAGAGCAAAAGAGUUGGUUGCAUCUGCAACACCAAGUCCAUGAACUCAAUUAGGCAGGAAGGCAUGAUUAAUCAUCGUUGGUACAUGCAUGUAGGUCGGGGCUAUAUUAUGCAUACUAUGUAAUAUGUGUUUUGUUGGGGCCAGUAAAAGUGGGAGACCAUGGUUUCUUUAUAAUUGCCAAUAAUAAUAUCUGCUGGCUUGCAUGUG